AACUUGGUUACACGACCGUGCUUGGUUAACAUUGCAGACUAUACGUUUACACGGUGCUUUUAUUCCGGUCCGGUUUUGUAUAUACAGACGGGUAUAUUUAUAUAUUAAUAGAUAUGCAUUUUGUAUUUCCCAAAAAUUGUACCCAAAAAUUUCCCCCGUCCCAAAUCUAUAUUGAUAUAUAACUAAACUGGAAUAAGAGCAUGUACUCAUUUCCAUUCAUCACGAACCAUACGAUUACGUGGUGGGGUGGUGGUGCCGUCUUCUCUCUGCGUCGUGUAUUGCGCUCGCGCCAUAGUAAAAAAAAACACGCGAACUAUAUAACUAUAUAUAUUACCGAGUUAUACUGAUACGUUCGAAAGAUCGUAGAUGUUUAUAACGAUGUUAUUUAAUUCUGCGUUUGGGAAAAAAUGCUAUAAUUCGUACGAUCAAUUUUAUUGACUUGAAUUAUCCACGAACAGAAUCAAAGUUUCAACAAAUUUGAAAAUCAGCGAAUACAGAAAGUUAUUAAACAAAAGUUAGAAAAAAUAUAGUGUUGUGUUUAUGCGUUUGAAGAUCUGACAGAAAAUCUUGAGCCGGUACGAUGGAUGCCGUUACAUUGUUAAUAGUAGCCGGUUUCAUCCACUGUUCUCUAUUCUUUUUCAACAUUAUCUUUCGGUCUUGUUCCCACUAUCCAUAUCUCUACUUUCUUCAAAAUACUGGACUUGAGAUACAAACACUGUGUGUGAAAUGGUCAACCGCUGCCUUCAAUCGAGCAGUUGUAAGAUGGGGGAUGGAUCGAUCAAGAUUUUGGUUCCUUUGGUUCAAUAUCGGUGCUAUUGUUAGCAUUGUUCUGCUGCCUAUUGCUUCCUUCCUUGUUAUUAAAAUGACAAUCGACGCGUGGUCCAGCGUACCCUCCAAUAGUGGAGGGGAACCUGUCAUGGCAUUGGAACUCAUGUUACCCGGAGUCAAUGUGCCCUUCAGUGACAUUGGAUAUUACGUUGUGACUCUAGGACUGUGCAGCAUAGUUCAUGAAUUUGGCCAUGCUCUCGCAGCCUCCAGGGAAGAUGUCCAAUUAUUUGGAGUUGGUAUUCUGAUUGCUUACAUAUUGCCAGUAGCUUAUGUCUCAAUGAGCAAUGAACAAUUGGCGUCUUUACCAGUGAUGAAUCAAUUGAGAGUUUUGUGCGCUGGAAUAUGGCACAAUAUAGUCUUAAGUGCUUUUGCUGCUCUCAUACUGUCAAUGAGUUCAUGGUUCUGGGCACCACUGUACACUUAUGGACUUGGAGUCUCGGUCAAGACUAUCACUACUAAUUCUCCUUUGUUAGGGCCAACAGGUUUAAUGACUCAGGACGUAGUUUACAAUUUGAACGACUGUUCAAUCUCAAACAGCGACAACUGGUAUAACUGCAUACUUGAAGCAGUGAAUCACCCAACUCCUGGUUACUGCGUCUCUCAAAAUUUAGUUGAGGAAUACGAUGAAUCUGCUCCAGCAAAAACAAUGCCAAACGGAGUGGUUAAUUGCUGUACUCCCGAUAGCGAGAGUGCCGGCAGUCUUUGCUUCGAAUAUAUUGAAGGCCCUCAGUCCGCGCCAUUACAAUUACCGCCUCACUCUUGUUUACCUGCUCGAAAGAUCAUCGAAAGCUCUCAUCGUUAUUGUCAAACGAGCUAUCAUUGUGCGGUUCAAGAUACACAUUGCAUGAGACCCUCAUUAGACAAUACAACUAAGGUGGUUCAAUUGAAGAGGAAAGUCGGAAAAGACGUUUUAUUUUUCGGACAUCCUGCGGAUAUUUAUCGUACGGUAGAAAUAUCCGACUGGAUACCGAAAUAUCAAUUUUUGAAUCCUGAUUUGCCCGAAUCUCAGGCUCUUCUGGCAAAAUAUAUAACAAUAAUAUCGGCUGGUCUAGCGGUCGUGAACGUCGUUCCUUGUUUCUUCUUCGAUGGUCAUCAUAUUGUCAAUGUACUUACACAAAGUUUGUUACGCACGCGAGUACGUCACAAGAGCCUUCGUCACGCUAUAGCACUCACAAUAACUUGUAUAGGUACUUUUGUUCUCGCUAUGAACAUACCAUCAAUGUUUAUGAAUAAAUAGCUGUAAGUAGCAAUUAAAAAAAGAAGCAGAGAAAUACGUAUUUCUUUCAAAAGUACAUUUAUAUUUAUUUUGUUACGAAUAUCAGCCAUUUCUCUAAACUUCUAGUCAAUUUCAGGAGUUAUUUUGUUCGGUCCAAAUUUCUUUGCAGCUCCCGCAAUGAAUUUUCUCCGUGUACAAUCAAAGAUUUUAUUGCAAACUGUAAAUAAACGAGGUUUUGAUAAUCAUUUGAAA